AUGCCUAACUUUUGUGUUUCUGAAUCUCAUCCGGUCUGCACUCCGACCCACAAUACCGGAGGCAAACUCAAAAGUGCUCUUAAAUACCAGCCUCAGAAGGAAUGUGGAAAAGAUUCCACCGAAAUCAACCCAUCGUUUCAAGGUGCAAAAAUGAACCUUCUACGUGAAUUGUUCCUUUCACAUGACUCCCGAUCAGCGUUCUAUCAAACGUUUCUCAUCAGUCUCAAGCAGGCGAUGAAAUCAGUGCGUCUUGGUGAAGCCUCCAUGAGGUUGUCACUGUUUAAUGACGGCGAUACAUUGCACAACGCUGAUUCACUUGAUCACCUAGGAAGUCGCACCAGUCUUCUCUUGCAACCACCUGCUUUUGCAACCUCGGUGCAAGGUCCUCUCUUCGGUAUUCCUGGAUGUAGUAUCGGGGAUGAAAGUGUUGAAGAACCAUCACCCACAUGGAGUCGCCAAUUCCAUUCUAGCUUUACUGUACACGGCGUGAUGACUUCGUGGGUGGGCGCUGUGUGUACAGGGGCCGGGUUGCCUUGGCCUACCAUUCGUGUCAGUGAGUCCGUCUCCAGCUUUGUUUCCCUGGUCGUUUCCGCCGUGAUACCUGGUCUUUUAAGCCUACUGGAUUCUGACCUCCAGCCCUCUAUUGACCAUGUGUCCUCAUCAAACGAGACAUCUGGAGCAGUCCAUUUUACCAUGUUUGAUUCAAAUCAGCCGUCUGAGGAACAACCCCACACUGCAUCUGGUUCCGAAGACCCUCACAUCCCAGUGCCUGACAGACCAGAAGACCGUCCGAUGAAGUACUACUUCCAACCUCUAGUGACAAGUAUCUUACGCACAUUGGUACAAUUUCUGCGCGGUGGCGCAUCCCACGCCGAGUUCGAUGGGGUCCUCGUGCAAAUACAAGAAGUGGUCGCUGGCGCUGAGGAUGACUUGAGUGGUGUAACAAGUGUCGCUGGGUGCAUUUCCAGUUGUCUGCUGCUCCGUUCCUUGUGUCACCUUUUGACCCAAUUGUUUAGGGACCGCUUCAGCGUAUCGGUCUAUGAAGAUGUGGAGACCCUGGACAAAACAGCGAACAACAAUUUUGCCACUCUGGCGGCCGAACUUGUUAAACACUACUAUUCGGCUAUUUGUGUUCUGAGCGAAAAUGUGGUCGAUCUAUCCAUUGUGCAUGGGGACCAACUUGUUUCCGAGAUCGCUCUUUACACAUACAACGGUGUAGACCUCGAUCCUCCUGCUGUUCGCUUUAGCAAGUUUCUUCGCAACCUGUGGAAAGUGGUCUCUCAAACCUGCCCCUCCGGAUUGGCUCGUCAAAUACUGGCACAAGUCUCGGCCAAAUGCCUGAGCUAUGCGGUGCAGCUGUUCACCUUACCGGACUUUCUCGAGUCGACCACAGAUGCCGAUCGACUGAAAACAGAUCUCCUCAUUCUACUCGACACUGCUACAUUUUGCCUGUUCGCCUGUUCGGAGACCACCGCGGAGGUGAUUGGGGACGGACUUAUGUCUGGAGAUAUCAGCCUUCUGCAUUGGUCGGCGACGUUGCUCGCCCAAACUCUGAUUUGUCGCUUUAUGCCGAAUGAUGUCUGGGACAGAGUUCAUGGUGAUGGAUUUUACGAGAACCUGGUCAAAGAUGGAAGACCAUUUGCUUAUGCUUCCUCCAACUGGCUUUGCUUUGCUCGACCCAGCUUGUUCACAGACGUACCGAUAUCUCUCGUUCGAGAACGGGGCCAGCAAACCGAGCUGGAAAUCGAAUGGGAGUUGUUUGAGCAUGGCGCUCAUUUCGACCCCAUUCGGUUGUUGAGUUUGCUUACAUCUUGGGAUGCUAAAUUGAGUGUGGAUAUCUUGACUGCCCCUCAGUUGCAUGCGUUCCAUGAUCUGACCGAGGAAAGUGACACAGCUGUCCGGAUUUUCUUCGCCAUCUUCCGUAUUUGUUCGCUAAUCCCCGAGUUGGAUUCGUUUCAUUCCACCGUGCUGCUUACGGUAUACUCCAACUCCAUCCAAGGAGCUACUCAGCCAUCGACAAUUGACGCAGACUCAGCGGAUCUCACCGCACUGGAUCAUUGGCCCGUUUGGUUCCGAGCGCUACUCAAAUUACUUGAUCAACAACCAAUCAACAAGCUCUGGGAAUCGUUCCACUCACUGGUCCAGAGACAUGUAUUCUCCGACGAGUUUUUCUCUGAGACUUGUUUGCUUCUUACGGAAGGCCAGUCUCCCGCAUUUCUCUUGUCGCAUCAUCAGCCGAAGCGCUGUUCCUGCUGGAACACAAUGUUCCCAUCUGGUCAGUUGCCCUGUGGUUGUGAAAUCCCAAUGCCACCUCGUCUGGAUCAAAUUUCACGCCUCCUCCGCCGCUCUGAUGAUGACACUGAUACAGCCGCAGAUCAACCGACGUUGUCUAAACAACAACAAGCGCGCCAAUUGAAGUUGCAUCGAGAACGGACAAUCGGAUCCUACGCUUUUUAUUAUUCCCAAGGUGGUCACUUGUUAUGCGCUUGGCAAGAGCUUGCAUGUGACCUGAUCCGGUCUAUCAUCAUUGCUCUAUCAACUGGCCUACUUCUGGCAUUGUCAUCUCUUGAGAAAGUGCUCAUGGAUGCCCAAGCGCACUCGUCUGCAUCACCUCGUUUGCAAGGGGGAUGUCUAAGCACACAUCUGCUACUCGCCGCAUUGCUGAAUCGGAUUCGCAACGCUGCACGCCAAGAAUCAAUGACGAGUAUACAACUGCUUCAACACCUUGUCCUGUGGGAAUACCUGUGCGGCCUGAUCGAGGCGUCGGACAGAGAAGAAGCGGACGAUGAAGUCGCCGAUUGCAAAAAACGCAUGUUGUCAUAUCUGGAAGACUUACCCAACUCUUUGAAUGAAUCCCCAGAACCAGCCGACUCAACCUUCGCUGGCAGACGAUUCAAGUUGGGUCAAUACGUCAGAACAGUACAAGAUCAUGCGCUCCCAGAUCUGUGCUUUUUGCACAAGUUCUUCAAAGCCAACGUCCCUUGGAUUCGAAGUCUAAUUAACCGCUGGCGUGCCACUGAGUCUACUACUGGCGCUGAGAUCGGACCGAAGCUGCGUGACCUCGACUUGGUUGCAGAUGACAGCGAUGUUCCCUACUCUUCUGCUGCAUCUUAUCAAGAACUGAACUGGGAGCACCUCAGUUUGGUCAAUAUUGGCCUCACGAAAGACACUGUUCGAAAACUUAGAGACAAUCAACCUGACUCAUCAUCCGAACGAUCCUCUUUGGAGACUUAGUGUCCUGUUACUUUUUCUUCGGAUUGAAUCGUUUAAGCAAUUAACACUCUCAUCUCGUCGUACUUUUGUUUUCGUCUUUCGAUAUCAUUUCAGUGAAGCGGCGCGCUCGACGCGCGUACUCUGUCUGCGUUUAUGAAUAAAUUGCGUUACUGACAUUUUGAUAGUAGUCUGAAUUAUUGACAACAAAUGGUAAUCUAUCAUGAAUACUACCUAGCUUGCUAUCUCCUGCUCACUGCCGUUGCGAUGUAUCAGUAGUCAUCAAACCAUGCACCACACGAGUGUACAUUUUUUUCGUCAAUACAUGGUUUCCUAUGCUUAACUAACUCGUGUCAAUCUACCCGU